AUGCCAUUUCCACAAUUGAAACCAAUUCCUUAUGCGUUACCCUUUCUGCCGUAUAUGCAAUACAGAAAUUUGAAGGGUAAUCGCUUGAAAAUUGUUAAAAAUGAUAGCUUAGCUUGUUUAUCAUCACUGGAAGACAUCUAUCUAGAAUUUAAUAGGAUCGAAGAUAUUGAACCGAAUUCUUUCAGUAAUUUGACCAAACUUCGCAUGCUGGAUAUUGCGGGAAAUAAACUAAAAACUAUCCACCGUGGUGCCUUCGCUGGUUUAUCAUCAGUGAAACAUCUGAUUUUAGAUAAUAAUAACAUCGAAUUUAUCGAAAGUGAAUCAUUCUGUUCGUCGACUAAUUUAAAGUUUCUGAAUAUCAACAAAAACAAAUUGUCAAAAAUUUCUAAUGGUAGCCUUGCGUGCCUUUCUGAGCUGAAAGGACUAUCUAUAUGUUCUAAUGAAAUUUCUACCCUUGAUGAAGACGCCUUCAAGCCAACAAAGGAAGUAAACGAAAUAUCUCUCGUAGACAACAAGUUGUCAACCAUACGGACGGACUAUUUUAGUAACCUUGGCAAUCUCGAAUUCUUGGACCUUUCUGGUAAUAAAAUUCAUAUUAUUGAAAAUGAUUCAUUUGCUGGUUUACGGAGUCUUACCUCCCUAAAGGUUAAACGAGUUUAUAAGCAGUACUCAAAUUUUACUUCUACAUAA